GUCUAAACGCGGAAGUGUGUCGGUACGGACGGGGCGUGGUUGAGCCGCGGCGACCGUGGGCAGUGGUAGCUACUAAGGAGCUGUGGGGCGAUGGCGGCGGGUGCAGAGCUGCCCGGGAAGUACCAGAAACUGGCUCAGGAGUAUUCGAAGCCCCGGUUUACUAUGUGCCUGCCAUCUCUGUCUGACAGGAUGGAUCCUGCACUGCUCUUGACUGUUGUUGUCACUGUUAUGAACGCAUCCCAGCUGGUUAUGAAGUAUAUCAUGAGCACCCACUCUCAACAGGAAUCAGAGGUGCAUGACCUGCUGUGUGCCAUGGGAAGAAACAACACCAGAUUACUUUUGGCAUUCAUGGAGCAACUGCACACAGUGUACUGUCUCUUCUGGGCUCUGGAAGCAAGCACUUGAGUGGUGGGAUCCCAUUGUUAAGCAGGUCUGGGGUGAUGAGCAAUGGCUGCAGAACUUUUGGAUGCGGAAAGCCACUUUCCUGGAACUGUGCUCACUCCAGCGCUGCAGCCAGGGACACCAAAAUGAAAGAUGGCCUCUCGGUAGAGAAGCGCAUGGCAAUCAGCGUGUGGAAGCUGGCAACUUCAGACUGCUACUGCUUCGAGCUCAGAAUCAGGUGCUGAAAAAAGGUGUUGUGGAUGAGCAAGCAAAUUCUGCUUCUCUGAAGGAACAACUGAAGAUGAAGGACCAAUCGUUGAGAAAACUGCAACAAGAAAUGGACAGUUUGACAUUUCGAAAUCAACAGCUUGCAAAGAGGGUGGAACUGCUUCAGGAUGAACUUGCCUUAAGUGAAGUCAAGGGCAAGAAAAACAAGAAAAGUGGAGAAUCUUCAUCUCAAUUGAGUCAAGAGCAGAAGAGUGUCUUUGAUGAAGAUCUUCAAAAGAAGAUAGAGGAGAACGAACGAUUACAUAUACAAUUCUUUGAAGCAGAUGAGCAGCACAAACGUUUGGAAGCUGAGCUGAAAAAUAGACUUGAGAUUUUGGAAACAGAUGCUGCCCAGCAUCAAGCAGUGGUGGAUGGUUUAACCCGGAAAUACAUUGAUACCAUAGAAAAACUGCAGAAUGAUAAAACCAAAUUAGAAAUCAAAUCUCAGACACUAGAAAGAGAAGCUAAGGAGUGUAGAUUUCGAGCGGAAGAAUGCCAGCAGCAGUUAAAGAACCUUCAUGCAGAUUUGGGUAUGCGAUUGGAUGACUCUUUAUGCAUAAUCAAUGAAAAAGUACCUUUCAAUGACACAAGAUCUAGUCAAUAUAAUGCUCUUAAUAUACCAUUACACAAUAGAAGAUGUCAGCUGAAGUUGCGAGACAUUGCUGGUCAGGCUUUAGCUUUCAUUCAGGAUCUUGUGGCUGCUCUUCUGAACUUUCAUACUUACAUGGAACAGAGAGUCCAGAUUUUUCCCAUUGAUUCUGCCACGGAUACUAUAUCGCCAUUAAAUCAGAAGUUCUCACAGUAUCUUCAUGAAAAUGCAUCCUAUGUUCGCCCUUUGGAGGAAGGAAUGCUUCACUUGUUUGAGAGUAUUACAGAAGAUACUGUGACUGUGCUGGAAACAACUGUGAAAUUGAAGGUCUUUUCUGAACAUUUAACUUCCUACACAUGUUUUCUCAGGAAGAUUCUUCCUUAUCAGUUAAAAAGUUUGGAAGAAGAGUGUGAAUCUUCUCUUUGCACAGCUGCUUUAAGAGCCAGGAAUCUGGAGCUCCACAAUGAUAUGAAGAAGAUUACUGCAGUCUUUGAGAAGUUACACGUAUACAUUAGUCUUAUUGUCUUACCAAGUGUAAAACCAGAAGGGCUGCUUCGGACAAAUUACAGUUCGGUAUUCACACACAUUGCUGCAGGUCUUCAUGGAUUUCAUAAUGUUAUGAAAGAGAUUUCCAAGCACUACAGUCAGAAAGCUGCCUUAGAAUAUGAGCUUCCAACAGCCACACAGAAACUUAUAACAACAAAUGACUGCAUCUUGUCCUCAGUAGUGGCUUUAACAAGUGGAGCAGGCAAGAUUGCCUCAUUCUUUAGCAACAACUUAGACCACUUCACAGCUUCAUUGAGCUAUGGGCCUAAGGGAGGGACAGAGUUCAUGAGCCCUCUAUCAGCUGAAUGUAUGCUCCAGUACAAGAAGAAAGCAGUUGCCUACAUGAAAUCUUUAAAGAAGCCCUGUUCAGAUUCAGUGCCUUAUGAAGAGGCUUUGGCCAAUCGCAGAGUUCUUCUGAGUUCCACAGAAAGUAGAGAAGGUCUUGCACAGCAGGUCCAGCAAAGUUUGGAGAAGAUUGCAAAACUGGAGCAGGAAAAGGAACAUUGGAUGCUUGAGGCCCAGCUAGCCAAAAUUAAGUUAGAGAAAGAAAACCAGAAGCUAAAGAGCUCACUUAGUGGACAGUUGAUUGAGCCUAUGCCAGAAAAUUCUGUUCUGCUGAAUGCAGCUGAACAAGAGAAGGAAGAAGCCAUAAAAAAGACUUCAAGGGAGCCUGUUAAAAGAAUGAGUCUGAUUGGAAUGUUGACCAUGACUACUGACAACAAAGAGGCUCUAGAUAAGUCCCGUGAAGACUUGAUAAAAAAUCACUAUAUGGCAAGGAUAGUCGAACUUACGUCUCUCCUACAGCUGGCUGACAGCAAGUCAGUACAUUUUCAUGCUGAGUGCCGAGCGCUUGCCAAAAGAUUAUCAUUAGCUGAGAAGUCUAAGGAAUCACUAGUGGAGGAGAUGAAAUUAGCUAGUCAAAGCAUCAGUAGAUUACAGGAUGAGUUGACAACCACCAAAAGAAGCUAUGAAGAUCAGCUAAGUAUGAUGAGUGACCAUCUAUGCAGUAUGAAUGAAACCUUAUCUAAACAAAGGGAAGAAAUUGAUACACUAAAAAUGAGUAAGGGAAAUUCCAGAAAGAACAAAAGUCGGUAGUUUACGGUCAAUCAGCUGUCUUUCAGAUGUUGCUACUGCUACACAGAAUUGCAGAUGCUGAAAAUUCAAUGUCACCCUCUUGAGCUAGCUCUUAAAAGGAAACAGAGAUGGUUUUGACCUAGUAAUAAGUCAUUUGGUGCCAUAUAUGAAUUUGACACGUUUAGAACUUGUAACCACUAAAACAGACAAAAUUUAAUGUUGGCAGUUAAAACAAAGAAUUUUCACCCCAUGAUUAACUUGCAUCAGAAUUCCCUUAGGUUGUUUUUACUGUGCACUUUUUGAAAUUAGAUUUUAAUGUAAUCUAAUAAAGUUUAUGUAUAUUUUCAAAUUCAAAAUAUGGGUUAAACUUGGUAUCCGUGCGGUAGUGUGUUUCUGGAUAAAAUGUUUAAACUGUCAGCAUUCAUACAUGCUAUUCUUUGCUGUUUUUUUUUUUUUUUUUUUUUUUUAAAAAGAAAGUGUCCAGAUUGAUUUGAAAAUGUAACGUUUCUGGCCAGGCAAGUUGUGCAUUUUGUGUAAAUUUGUUGUUACCUCCUGCUCUCAUAUCUUCUGAAAUUAGUUGGGAUGGUUGCUUAGGGAAGCUGAUGUCAAUAAACUCAAACUUAAAGUGAA